UGAGGAGUGUGCCGGGAGCAUCGAGGCAGGGACUGAAUCGCCUGGAUGCCAGAGACGAAGAUGCUGGAGAAAUUCACCAGCCGACUGGCGAUCAAGAAUGCAACUGUCCGAGAGGCCCUGGCCGAGGCCCUGGCGACAUUCCUCUUAAUGCUCUUUGGCACGGGCUCCGUUGCCCAGGUGGUGCUGGGAAAGCAAAUGUAUGGAACGUUCUUGAGCAUCAACCUGGGGUAUGGAUUCGGGGUCAUGAUGGGCAUCCAUGCGGCUGGUGGCAUCUCAGGUGCUCACAUGAACGCAGCGGUAACCUUUGCAAACUGUGCGAUUGGAAACCUCCCCUGGUGCAAGCUUCCAGCAUACGUAAUCGGCCAGUUCCUGGGAUCGUUCAUUGCAUCUGCUAGUGUUUUCUUAAUGUACUAUGACGCUCUGCAGGAUUACACCGGAGGAAACCUGACUGUUAUAGGGCCGACUGCUACAGCUGGGAUCUUCGCCACAUACCCGGCUCCAUACAUGUCUGUGUGGAGAGGGUUCAUCCAAGAGUUCAUUGCCACCGCUGUGCUGGUCAUUGGCAUCCUGGCCAUCAAUGACAAGAAGAAUGCAGCGGCCCUUCCGGGCACCAACGCCUUCAUCAUUGGACUUCUGGUUACUGCGAUCGGCAUAUCACUGGGCAUGAACACCGGCUAUGCCAUCAACCCUUCCCGGGAUCUGCCACCGAGGAUCUUCACGGCUAUAGCUGGCUGGGGCCUGGAAGUCUUCAGGUGA